GCAGAAAUAGAAAACCAAAAAAAUUGCAGCCAUGGCGAUUCGAUCUCUCAAGCUAAUCCCUCAUGACACAUCUUUAUCUCCCCCAAUAAAUACCCAUCUCAACCCACCUUCUAUCUCAUCAAUCACGUUCUUCUCUCAUCUAUCCUCUAAAAUCACAAUCAGUUCUCGAAAUCGAAGAGCAUUCAUCUCGUCUUCAUUUAAGAACAGAGAAUCAGUGUUGGAUUACCCCGAAAAAAGGGAUAAAACAGAUCAAGAACAAGCGGAAAUGACAAUUGGUCCAGUGGUUCAGAUUUCACGGCGGAGAUUGGUGGUGAAGGACCGAACCAUCUUGACAGGUGUGUCGGAAAACGUGAGUAUCUCAUCCGCGUCGGAUUCGGGUCACACAGAUGGGGUUUUCCUCGGGUCGGAUUUUGAAGAAGAAAGUAGUCAUCACGUGGUGUCACUGGGGAAACUUCACGAUGUCCGGUUCAUGGCAUGCUUCCGGUUCAAGCUAUGGUGGAUGGCUCAGAAGAUGGGAAGUAAAGGAAGUGAAAUCCCAUCAGAAACACAGUUUCUAUUAAUGGAAACAAUUGGAGAAACCCAAACCGAACCCAUUUACAUUGUUUUCUUACCCUUGAUUGAAGGGUCAUUUCGAGCUUGUCUCCAUGGUAAUUCCGGAGACGAGCUCGAGCUUUCUAUCGAAAGCGGCGAUUCGGACGUAAAAGGGUCUAUUUUUACUCGCACGGUUUACGUGGGAGUAGGAACAGACCCUUUUAGUACAAUUACAGAUGCAAUUAACACAGUUAAAUUGCAUCUGAAUUCGUUCAAGCAACGAAAAGACAAGAAACUCCCCGGGAUUCUCGAUUGGUUCGGGUGGUGCACUUGGGACGCGUUUUACCAAGACGUGACUCAAGAAGGUGUCGAGUCCGGGCUAAAAAGCUUAGCCGAUGGUGGGACCCCUGCAAAGUUUGUGAUCAUAGACGAUGGAUGGCAGUCCGUUGGAUCGGACAAGAAAAAGAUCGAAGAAUCACAACCGUUGAUGAGGCUAACCGGGAUCAAAGAAAACGAAAAGUUCCAAUCCGAAAAUGACCCGACAAUCGGGAUCAAGAACAUAGUCGAUAUCGCGAAAAACACAUACGGGUUGAAAUACGUGUACGUGUGGCAUGCGAUUGUAGGAUAUUGGGGUGGGGUUAGCACCGAGGCUGGCCCGAUGGAGGAAUACGGGCCGGUGAUGAAAUCUCCAAAGGUAUCAAAACAUGUUCUUGAAAAUGAUCCAUUAUGGAAAGCCGAUUCGCUGGCUAUACAAGGUUUGGGCGUAAUGAACCCGAAAAAAGUGUUCAAAUUUUACGAUAAUUUACAUGCGUAUUUAGCGAAUGCCGGUGUUGAUGGUGUCAAAGUUGAUGUACAAUCCAUAUUGGAGACACUUGGUACCGGUUUAGGUGGUCGGGUUGCCAUAACGAGGCAAUAUCAUCACGCGCUUGAUGCAUCUGUCGCUCGAAAUUUCCCGGAUAAUGGCUGCAUUGACUGCAUGAGUCACAACACCGAUUCGCUUUACUCAUCGCAACAGACGGCUGUGGUUCGGGCUUCGGAUGAUUUUUACCCACGUGACCCGGUGUCACACACGAUCCACAUUGCAUCCGUAGCGUACAACAGCGUAUUUCUUGGAGAAUUUAUGCAGCCCGAUUGGGACAUGUUCCAUUCGCUUCAUCCUGCAGCUGAGUACCAUGCAUCCGCUAGGGCCAUAAGUGGUGGGCCGAUAUACGUGAGUGAUGCUCCCGGGAAGCACGAUUUCGAUUUGUUGAAAAAACUUGUUUUGCCUGAUGGAUCCGUGCUUCGGGCCCGAUUGCCGGGUCGACCCACUAAAGAUUGUCUUUUUGUUGACCCAGCCCGUGAUGGUGUUAGUUUGUUGAAGAUAUGGAACAUGAAUAAGUACACCGGUGUUAUUGGUGUUUAUAAUUGUCAAGGAGCAGCGUGGGACGCCAUGGAACACAAAAACACGUUCCAUGAAAACCGGCCCGAUCCGAUAACCGGAUCGGUUAGUGGUCGGGACGUGCACCUCAUUGCUGAGGCUGCAUUGGGUCCCGACUGGCGUGGUGACUGUGCAAUGUACAGUCACCACACCAGAGAUCUGAUAGCUUUACCGAACAAUGAUGUGAUUCCGGUUUCGUUAAAUGUUCUUGAAUAUGAAGUAUUUAUGGUUACGCCGAUUAAGGUUUUGGGAUUGGGGUUGGGGUUUGCUCCAUUAGGGCUAAUUGACAUGUUUAAUGGUGGUGGAGCUAUUGAUGAUUUGAAAUAUUUGAUUGAAAGUGGUGGCUCUUCCGCGGUUGUUGAAAUGAAGGUUAAGGGAUGUGGAAGGUUUGGUGCGUACUCGAUGACUGAGCCAAGAAAGUGUAUGGUUGGACCGAGUGAGGUCGAGUUUGUAUAUGAUUCACGGUCCGGGCUUGUGCACUUGAAUUUGAGUCAUAUGCCUGAGGAUCAGAAGUGUCACGAUAUUAAGAUUCAUUUAUAA